AUCGGCGAGAAGGAGACGGCCGAUAAAAGAGCUAGAGCGAUCCCGUUCAUACUCGCUGCAUCAAAGCGUGCUGCCUUUCACUCGCGAGCACCCACAGUACGGCACCGCGUACACCAGUUGCAUACACCGUGAAGCGAUGGUCGUGUGGAAAGGUUUUACGUGGCAAUGUAGAGUCCCUCGCGGGACGAUCGUGCUUUAUGUGCUGGUGUUUUGCCAAUUGUAUUCACUUGUUGGGACGCAACAACAACCCCCGCCGCAGCAACAACAACACCAGCAACAUCCGCCACCGCAGCAGCAACAGCAACAUCCGCCGCCACAACAGCAGCAACCGCCACCACAGCAGUAUCAGCAACAACAUCCACCCCAGCAGCAACAACAGCAUCCGCCACCACAACAAUUCCAGCAGCAACAGCCACCUCCACAGCAAUUCCAGCAGCAACAGCCACCUUCACAGCAAUUCCAGCAGCAGCAGCAGCAUCCACCCCCGCAGCAGCAAUUCCAGCAGCAGCAACAGCAUCCGCCGCCACAGCAACAAUUCCAGCAACAGCCGCCUCCUCAGCAACAAUUCCAGCAGCAACCUCCGGUACCUCACGACGUCGGCGGUCAGCAUCCGCCUCCGGUGCAGCACCAUCCGGUAGUAUCACUACAAGACAUCCCAGAACACGAUCGACCAUGGUACGAAAUGCUACCAGCUGUUGCAAUGGACUACAAGGUGCAUAUCGAUGCCGGCAAGGAAGAUUGCUACUUCCAGUACGUUCAGCAGGGCAGUACGCUCUAUGUAAGCUUCCACGUUAUCCGUGGAGGUGACGGAAUGGCCGGAUUCGCGGUGCGCAACCCACGUGGUGAAAUUGUCCACCCGUACCAGUGGCAGGCGUCCAGCGAUUACACGGACGGAGCCGCCAUGGGAGGUUUCUAUGCCGUGUGUAUCGAUAAUCAGUUUUCGCGAUUCGCCAGCAAGCUGGUCAAUCUGUACAUUACCGUCAUCCGGUACGAAGAAUGGGAAAAGUUCACCAAGGAGAUCGAAGAUUUGAAUGUGAACAUGAACAACUUUACGGGCACCAUUUCGACGGUAGAACGGAACUUGAAUGCCAUGUUCCAGUAUCAGGCACAUUCCCGCAACAACGAGGCACGUGAUUAUGCGCUGAUUUUGGACAACAAUGCAUACAUCUGGAAGUGGUCGGUGCUGCAGAUUCUUGUCAUCGUUUUUACUACCUCGGUACAGGUGUACUUCGUGCGGAAACUGUUCGACAUUAAGACGGGCAGUGGCAAAAGUCGCAUAUAAAAGAACCGAAUUUCGUAACGAAAUCAUGUCAUUCCGGUCGAACUGUUUCGAUGAUGCUUACAAUGUAACAGAGUGUCCAACGAAAGUAUAGAUUCAGACGCACACCAAUUUUCCCUCCCCGAAGGAUGAUUCCAGGAAAGUUGUUUUUGGUUUCCUCCAACGUUACGUGGCCUCCGUUACAGUAUUGAAGGAUUGUGUCCAUUCCCUGAUGACUUCCUGAAUGACUGAAAGUGAAUACAAUCUGCUUUUGUUACACAGUG